AGGGGUGGAGUAACUGGUGUAACUAUGAAAAGCUUUGUAACCCAAUAGAAACUGGUUUCAGUCUCAGCAACAGACUCAACAGGACAGGUUGAAUCCAGCCAAAGACAAAAAAUGAGCGCUAAAGGAACAGGCGAGCCACCUCCCUAUAUAAUACCAGUAGAGAAUAAGGGUGAUGUCAAGGUUUAUCAUGUGCACACGCCGUUCACCCCAGGGGGCACCACUAUCAAUGACUCCCAAAUACGAAUGGAAUCCAGAGGUGCUCAAUCAGCAGAUGCCAAAAACAAAUUCGUCAGCUACGAUUCAUACGAGCUGGGUCGUAAACCAGGAAGGGCCACCUGCACUAGCUGCCAACAGCAAGUCUUAACCAACGUCGAAUACAAAGUUGGAGUCUACGCGUGGUUGAUGUGCCUACUUUUCAUUCUGUGCGGGUUGGUUGUGUUCUGCUGUCUGAUUCCCUUCUUCGUCAAGUUUUUCAAAGACGCCUAUCACACGUGCCCGAAAUGCAAUAGGAUCCUCCACAUUGACAAGAAGCGAUGCUGCUAACCUCAUCUCUAGCCUGAUUUUAACAGUGCUUGUGGAUUUGUGUGGCACCUUACACAAUAUGAAGGACUGGAGGACACUAUUAGACCAACAGGGAUGUCAUCUACAUGUAUAAAUGUCUAGAAACUAAUGUUUUGAAACCUUUGUUAUUAAGAACCUUUUGGUGUGCAACUGGUUAAGUCUUUAUUAUAACCAAUAUUGUAAAAUAUUACAUCAAACUGAAAAUCAAUACUCAAAACUUUUUUUUUUCUGUUUAUGUAUAAAGGACUCAAGGGUUGGCGUUAAAAGGGUUGAGAUGGACAUGGUCAACCUUGGUGACAAUAUUAACAAGAAGCCUAAUGGUUUUUGUUAAAUACAACAUCAGAUGGAUUAUAAUUUUGCCAUGUCUCACACCACAUAGAAACCAGAUGAUAUCUCAUAAAUAUAACAAUUCCAGUCAUAUGACAAAAGCUCAUGUGUUUGUAUGUCUUUGGAUAUUGUGUAGUAAUAAUAAUUCAAUGUUUUUACAAUAGUCUCCUUUACCACAAUGAUGUAUGUGCAUCUUUAUAGCUCUCAUAACAAUAAAGCUGACAAUAUAGUAUUCACACAAAAUGUUAAAAAACAUGAAGUAAAAAAUGCCUUCUGUGUGAACUGGUUCUGUGAAUUUUAUGAGAUUAGUUUAGGCUAACGGACAAAAACCAAGUAUUAGCAAAAACUGGAUAUAAGUUUGCAAUAAAGUAAGACUCACCAAG